AUGCAAAAGCUUAUUGAUGAACAAAGAAGAGUGUGGCUGGUUCAAAAGGAUCUGGGACGAGUGGCAGAGGAGUAUUUCAAGAGAUUAUUCUCCUCAGAAGAUGUGGGAGUGACAAUAGAGGAUGCUGAGAUAAGUUUGGACUCCUUUCCAAAGAUCUUGCAUGAGCAAAAUGAAGCACUCGUAGCACCGGUCUCUCGGGAAGAACUCUACAAAGCUGUCAUGGACAUAAACCUGCACAAGUGCCCUGGGCCAGACGGUAUGAGCGGUUUCUUCUAUCAUCAGUUCUGGGACGUGAUUGGAGAGGAUGUAUAUCGUAUGGUGGAUCUAUUCUUUCGCACUGGAGAGUUAGAAGCGGAGAUCAACAAGAAAAAUAUUUGUCUUAUACCAAAGAAAGUGAGUGCCAAUGAAAUGAAAGAUUUCCGCCCAAUCAACCUGAGCAACGUGGUCUACAAAAUCAUCGCAAAGAUCAUGGCUAAGCGUCUGCGGAAAGUCCUACCAGGAUUAAUCUUGGAAUCACAGGCUGCUUUUGUUCAUGACAGAAUCAUUCAUGAUAACAUUCUUCUCGCACGUGAGAUGUUGCACGCUCUUCGGUCCUCCAACAAAAUUUCAGAAGAUUUCAUUGCCCUCAAGACGGAUAUCUCCAAGGCCUUUGAUAGAGUGGAAUGGACGUUUCUAGAGCGAGCUCUCAAGUCUCUUGGAUUUGCACCAGCAUGGAUAAGCUUGAUAAUGACGUGUGUCUCCUCUGUCACUUAUCAAGUUCUUAUUAAUGGCCAAGCUUAUGGAAGCAUAAAACCCACAAGGGGGAUUAGACAAGGAGAUCCUUUGUCUCUCUAUCUCUUCAUCAUAUAUGACAAUAUGUUUUACUGUAAGAAGAGUGAUGAAGAGAUCGAUCAUUUGGUAGCUAUUCUGCGAAAGUACAGCUUGGCUACGGGGCAGAGAAUUAAUUACCAGAAAUCCAACGUUUAUUUUGGCAAGAACAUACCAGAGGAGAGGAGACUACAAAUCAAAGCCAAAACAAACAUCUCCCAAGAUGGAGGAAGCAGUAUUUACUUAGGCCUACCAGAAUCAUUUGGACCAUCUAAGUGGAGAAACUCUGGUGAAUCCAAAGAAAUGCAUUGGAAGAGCUGGCAGCACUUGUGUAAACCGAAAAGCGAGGAAGGUUUGGGUUUUAAGGAGCUUGAAGCUUUCAAUCUGGCUAUGUUAGGAAAGCAAGUAUGGAGAAUGCUUACUAAAUCGGAGACGCUGACCAUCCUACGCUUGGAGAAGCCUCCAUGCAGCCCUGAGGUUAAUCAAGAAGGGUGCGAGAGUGGUCAUUGGGAACGGCGACAACACGCUUGGGAGGAUCCUUGGCUUGCUGACAAUCCCGCUAGGCCCCUCUUAUCCUCAAGAUGGAUCCCUUCACAGCAGAGACCUCAGCUGGCUAAUUGUACUAAAACCAGCGACCUUAUGCUUCAGGAUAGAAGAAAGUGGAAUGAAGAUCUUAUAAGAGAAGUGCUGAGUGAGGAAGACUGGAGGGAGAUCCAGAAAAUUAGACCCGGAGGACCAGCCUGCAAGGACUCCUACUGUUGGGACUUUACACGCUCGGGACACUACACGGUGAACUCUGGUUACUGGGUAGCAGCAAACCUUUUAAAAGCAAAGGAAGUUGAAGAAAUACUUCAGCCAAGCCUAGAUGGUCUGUUCCAGGCGGUUUGGAAGGCAGAUACCAGUCCCAAAAUUCACCACUUUAUGUGGAGGAGCCUUAGCGACGCGUUAUCACUGGGAGGAGUGAUGAAACAUCGACACUUAACACGAGAUGGCUCGUGUCCUAGAUGUCAGGCGGAUGAUGAAUCAAUAAACCACAUCCUCUUCAAUUAUCAUUAUGCUAGGAUUGUGUGGGCUCUGUCUUCUAUUCCAGUGCCACCAGGAGGAGAAUGGUCUGAUUCCUAUUUUGAAAAUGUUGAUAGGCUGCUUAGUAUGGCUUCCGCAAAUCUGCAGAUCAACAAUAACAGAAGAAUAUGA